AUGAACACUAGCGAAUCCUUUGACAACAACUUUACAGCCACUGACGAAUCGUGCAAUACUUUUACAACAGUAGACGAAUCCAUAAACUCGAUGGAAUCCCAAACCGUUGCUUUUGGCAACAUUGAAAUUCGUGAACACGCCAUGAUAUUGGGCAAGGGACCCAGUGCUUCUGGAACUGGACCUUCCCUCGAAAUUGACUGGCAAGCUCAAGCCAAUACCGUGAUAGCGAUAGAAGAAUACGAAAGCAUGAGGUAUGGGAGACGUCACAAGAAUGAACUCAUCAUGCCAAGUGCCUAUCGGCGGAAUUUGCUAUUGGAAACUGGCUACACGAUGCGAGAAAUCUCGGAAAUGGAAAGCAGUAAAAAUGGGAAGGGUUCUUUCAAGCAAAAGCUGUCAAAACUAUUGCCACACAGCAGCAAAAAGUAG